GAUAAUGCCUCUGCAUAUUGACAACCGUACACGUGUCCAAGCGGACCCGCUCCCUUCACUUCCAGAAUGCUGGCGUUUCCUGUUUCCAGUUUCCCCUUUGAUUGUGAUGUAACUUUACACAAGGCAAAAACAACAAGACCAAAAAGGUAUUUUGUUCGAUUUCCCUAUAAAAGACCGACCAAAUCGUCAAAAAGAUCCAACAAAAAGCACCGAUUCCUCUUCCCUAAUAAAUCAAACCCGCUUGGAUUCGCUAAUUUCAGCUCUUUUAAACUCAUUUUCUCUUCAUUUCUCUAAAUCUGGAUCCAUCGGAGAUCGAUAAUAUCAGCCUGUAGCUUUUCCGUUGGUAAAAUGUCAAAAAUAUGCUGCUAGUUAAAUAUUGCAUGGGGAAGACGCUAUUUUAGUUGGGUAUGAGAUUUUAGAGCUCAGUUUCCAAUAAAUUUCAAUGGGAGAUCCACCCCAUUGUCCUAAUUCAAGUGGGAAUUCUGAACUGACAACUGUUGCUGUUAGGAAAAAGGUUUAUAAAAGAAACUUGGGAGCUUCUAAUCUUACAGCUAUCCCACAGAGUGCUUAUAAACACAUAGCAUCAUUGAGUCGUAGUAGGAAUAGCGGUGGUGCAGUUAGUCAUGCAGCUAUUUUUUUACUCAAAGUUGCUGCCUUAGAGACGGUCCGAAGGGUUUCUAGGUCUAAGUGUCCCUCUUUAUGGCGUGGACUUCAGGUUCUGCAAAUUCUUUGCUAUCCACCAUUUAAGUGGAUUCAGAAAUGGGCUCCCUUGAAUGGAUUGGUCAAAGGCGUGCAGAUGUUCUCGAGGCCUUUGUUAUUCCUUUCAAUUGCAACAGCAUUCUCUGAACAAUCAGAAUGUCAUAGUGAAAGCCCAAGCAAUACCAUUGGUUCUCUGGAUAACUCAGAAACACAUUCCGAGUCAUCCCUUGUAAAUUCUUCUUCUGAUGCAAGGAGCAGUGAUGGGAAUCCUCAAAGUGUUGAAUCUGAAAAUUGGUUGAUGCAACUCCUCGAAAAGCUAGAAAAUGAAGGCAUUACAUUACCAGAAAGAUAUUUAUGCAGAAUUAAUGAAGAUGAACUCCAUGGAUUUUUUACUGCGGCAAAUGGGGACUUUUCUUGCUUGCUAUCAUCGAUUAAGAAGACAAUCCGUUGGAGAGAGACCUACAGAAUUCUUUCAGAACAAGAACUUGAGAUAUGGUCAAAUUUGCUCUUCUGGCAUGGAUUUGAUGUGGAGCAGAGACCGUGCCUUAUUGUUCGCCUUGGACUAGCUUGCGUCAAUUUGCCAUUCCAUGAGAGACCUCGCUUUGCUCAAGCAGUCAUCUCUCAGGUAGAGCAUGGAGUCCUCCAUUUGGUUGGCAAGGAUAAUCCUCAGAUUACAGUUCUUGUGGAUUGCUAUGGUAUAUCACCAUUAAGACUUCCUAUGCAGAUGCUGAGAUCUUGUUCUUCUCUCCUGCAAGAUAAUUUCCCAAAUCGUCUUGGCUAUUUGCUUGUUAUACGCCUUCCUCCAGUUGUUCGAGUCAUUGCUCAAACUUUUAUUCAAGUUCUGAAACCUUUAACUUGGAAGAAGCUGAGAAUCGAAGGAAAUGCGUACGACAGGGUUAUUUCCGAGUACCUUCAGAUACUUCCAUCUUACCUUGGUGGCAAUUGCAGUUGUAAGACAUGCUCCAACAUCAGCAUUCAUGCUCAACAGCCACAGGUGAUGAAUGAGAUCCGGAGGAUACAGUCAACUGAAAGUGUUAGUGAUGGAGUGGAUCUGCGAUCACUACAUCUGCCUUUUGAGACUGAUGUUCCCAUGAAUGAAAACUGGGACCACUUGUUGAGAACUGCUGUGAUUGGCAUUCUCAUGGUGUGGGUUUUUAUCGCUUUAGUUGCAGUAUUAUAUGAUCCUGAUACCAAACCGAUCUUCUCAUUUCCAUUUCCUCAACCAAAUUAGUAUUCUUUUUGAUAGCUUCAAGGUAAGCACCAGUGUUUCUAAUUACUAUUAGUUCUCUUGCUUUUUGCAAGCUGAAUAAAUGUGGCAUUUGUAUUAUCAUCUAUAGCUAAAAUUAGUCAUGUCGACUUCAUACUCUCUCCAGUAUAAUAAUAGUUCCAGACCAGUUCUUUAAAGUAAAUUUUGUAUUGUGUAUUUAUAUAUGUUAAUAAUUUAAGUAACUUUCUAGAAA